AUGGCCCCUCGGGCUGAUUUACCAUCACUUAGGUGCAGUUUGGCGGGUGGUCUGACUGAAUUUGGCCAACCCAGCUUAUUCCUGGUAGCUGCUACUGCAGCCGAGUCUUUUGAAAUGGAAGCUGCCGAGCUCAUCCUGGAUGAUGCCGAGGAUCUUACGGCAGCUGCUCUUCUUCUUGCGACUGGCAGCACUGGCUACAACCUACAUUCACCAAAUUCUCAGUCUACAGAAGCAUCAUCAGAACAUUGUGACUCGGAAGAGUAUCUGCCGGACCUCAGUGAUAUUCCUUUUUCUGCUUCUAUUACAAGUCCCACAUUUUGCACAGGCCUCGCUGAAUCGGCAGCCAACUGCCCCGAGACUCCGAGUCUAGAAACUCAAACUCCAGAUUCGGAAACCACCGAGACGGUGAAUGCGACAUCCACAGCGCUUCUGCAUGGCCUGGCAGCCACUUCUAUCGUGACACCAACUUCUGCCACCGAAGCUCAGCGGGCUGGUUGUCAUUCUAGUCUGCUCACUGUCACCACUCUGGCUACCCACCUCUACUCUUCCGCACUUAUACUUCCUUCUGUAAGUAGUGCUGGUUGCCUUAUAAUGCCCGGUCAAGCUAAGGCCCCAUCCACACCUUCAAUUGAACCAGAGCCUUCUGGGGCGGUCGCAUCUGUGAAUAUAUCUCAUGGCUCCAGAGUUACAAACGUUCCCGCGAUUGCUGUACCACUGCCUAAUCCAUCGUCAUUCACAUCAGCUUUGAAAUCCGAAACUCGUGCCUCUUUUUUAAACCAAGAUCUCUCUGCAGCAACAAUGCUUCCGACCCAUCUCAUCGAUCCCACCCAUACCCCAGAGACUGAAACCUUUUCUGGGAAGCCUUGUGGCUUAGACGCGUUUAUCGGGCAGGAGCUUGACAAUGCAUCUGGCAUACAUCAACCCCAACUUCGCAGGCUGGUCCAGCCUCAGGAACUUGGCGAACGUGUGAUGCGUUUGCUUAGGGCCAGUAUUGCCAACCAACAUCUUUGA